CUUAACCACCCUCUCUCCUUCUUCUUCUUCUUCCUCUCCUCUCCACCGUCUCUCUCGCGCCAUCUUUCGUCUCCCUGCGCUCAUCGUCAUCCGAUGUCGGAGCCCCGAAACAAUCCCUUUCCUUCUCCUCCAACCUCUCCCAUGUCACGCUCGCUCCCCCAAGCAAAGCAUCCCCCGGGCUUCUAUAUCACCACAAUGCACCCUCCCACCAUCCGUAUAACCGCUCUCUCUCUCUCUCUCGUUCAACACGCUCUUCCAUCUCGGCUUGAUACUUUCUCUCCUCAUUUGACGCCACAAUAUGGCCCCUGACGAAGCAGCUCUGGCUCCAGCUACGGCUCAGACUCCGACUCCGACUCCGACUCCGGUUCCAGCUCCGGCGGCCAUCCAUGCGGCGGCUACGUCGAAGUACUCGAACCGAGUGCUGCUGCGGACCGUGCUGGAGAGAAGCGAUGACGGGCUGGGGCUGGUUGGGGAGAGACUGGUGGUCGGGGGCUGGGUGAAGUCCUCCAAGGAGGAGACGAAGGAAGCGCCGGCGCCGGCUGCGGUGCCAGCGGCGGAGCAUAAGGACGUCAGCUGCGUGGAGUUGCUUCAGACUCGGAUACCACUCUUUAGGUCGAUCAUGAAAGUGUUCGGUGGAGGCAGCCACCCUAUCCGACGCAGGAUCGAAGCUGGCGUCGCUAAGUCGCCACCACCGUCGCCACCGCCGCAGCCGUCCCCACCGCUGUCCCUUGCCUUUUUGCAAAUUAGUGACGGCUCUUGCGUCGCGAGCUUACUGGUAGAGGUAGACUCUUCAAUAGCUCCCCCCAGUCUGCUCCUGCCUACUGGGACAUGCGUGUUGGUCGAAGGCAUAUUGAAGCGGCCGGAAGCACAAGGCAAGCACACCAUCGGGCUUAAAGCAGAAAAAAUUAUUCACAUUGGGACUGUAGAUCAAGACAGUUACAUACUAUCAAAGAAGCGACUGCCUUUGGAUGGUUUGAGAAACAACUUGCAGUUUCGACCUCGUACAACUACGGUGGCGUCUGUCAUGCGUAUACGUAAUGCCCUCACUUUUGCUACUCACACAUUCUUUCACGAUAAUGGUUUCCUCGAUGUGCAAGUACCAAUUAUCACAAGUACAGAUGCUGAAGGAUCUUGCCAAAAGUUCCAUCUAACUGUACUUUCCAGGAAAACAAGUUUGAAAAGGGAUCAAACUGUCAUGAAGGAGAACGCUGGUGUGAGUGUUGAAGCCAUAAAGGCUGCUGCAAGGGAGAAAAGUAAGCUAGUUGAAGAACUCAAGAGAACUGACAGCAAUAGGGAAGCACUUGUUGCUGCCCUUCAGGAUUUAAAGAAAACAGAUGAGCUAGCAUCACAAUUAGAAGCCAAAGAAAAAUUAAAGCCAGGAGCCCCUGUGAAGGCUGAAGAAAUGAAAUUCUUUGAAGAUUUCUUUCCGAAUGAGACUUACCUAACGGUUUCUGGUCGGUUACAUCUGGAAAGUUAUGCCUGUGCCUUGGGACAGGUUUACUCUUUUGGACCCAGAUUUCGAGCAGAUAGAACAGAAUCACCUAAACUAGUUGCAGAGAUGUGGAUGGUUGAGGUCGAAAUUGCGUUUUCCGAGUUAGAGGAUGUCAUGAAGUGCGCCGAUGAUUUUUUCAAAUUCUCCUGCAAGUGGAUCCUGGAUAAUUGUGCUGAAGACAUGAAAUUUGUUGCUAAACGAAUUGACAAACCAAGCAUAGAUCGCCUUCAAUCAGUACUGUCAAAACCAUCUGUCAAGAUCACCUACAAAGAAGCAGUGGAGGCUUUGAAAAAGGCCACAGAUAAUAAGGAAAUGAAAAUCGAAGGGGGUGUUGUUCUAACCGCAGAACAUCUCAGCUAUCUGGCGGAUGAGAUUUAUAAGAGCCCUGUGAUCGUCUACAAUUAUCCAAAAGAAGCGAAGCCAUUUUACGUACGCCUAAACGACGAUGGAGAGACAGUGGACGAUGGAGAGACAGUGGCCGCUUUCGAUAUGGUUCUUCCAAAGGUCGGAAAGUUUCUGACGGGUAGCCAAAGUGAGGAACGAAUUGGUUCACUGAGCAAAAGGAUGAAAGAAAGGGGAGUGCCUCAGGAGCAGCUCGAGUGGUACUUGGAUCUUCGGAGGCAAGGAGCCGUCAAACAUUCCGGAUUCAGUGUCAGUUUCGACAUGAUGGUUCUGUUCGCCACCGGUCUCGCAGAUGUCAGGGAUGUCAUCCCCUUCCCCAGAAGUUUUGGCAAUGCCAACUGCUGAAAGUAUACGAGCCACACAUGAUUCGGACGGAUUACUGCACAGGUUUGCUCAGGAAAAAAGCGAAAAAGAAAGAAGAAAAAGGAUAGUCGUGGCGGAAACCGCCCUUCGCAGAUUGCUAGACGCUCGCUGUAACAAUUUUUUUUUUUUUUUUUUACGAAUAACCCGAGGUAACGGAGACUCGGGAUACCACAGAUGUACAGUAUAUAAAGGGUGAUAACAGGAGAUGCGUGCAUUCGUUUCUUGA